AUGGGAGACACAACGGUGGAAGAUCACUCAGCGGAUGUCCCUACGACGCCAAUAAUUUUGAAGACGAACGCUGGUACUGAGAGGUUUGCCGACUUACUGAAUGACAUUCUGAAGGAGUACAAUUUAUUGUAUGAAGAGAACAAAGCGCUUAUUGCUCAAUUGGAGGCACUGAAAGUCCAACCGAAUGUGAGGAAUGUGAAAUUUUAUCAGUCAGAAACGAUAGACACAAAAAAGCCAAAAACAACGAAGAACGUCUACUCCCAUUAUGUUAGCAAGAAAACAACCGCACACUGGAAAUUCUUACAUAGCUACUUGUCACAUCGAGAUUGUGUGUUUGACAUCGCUUGUUGUCCUUGGGACGUGAGCACGUUUGCAACGGCAAGUUCGGAUAGAUCAGCGAGGAUAUCGACGGCACAGUCGGGGAAAUGUCUUCAGUUUUUUCCGCAUCCACGUCCUGUGACAUCAGUCGCGUUUCAUCCGAGUGAACACAUUAUGGCCACUGCUUGUGGCGAUGGAAUUGCACGAAUUUAUAAAGUCGGAAAUCUGAAUGAAGAAGACAUGAAAGAGGAGCAACCCGUUGUUGAGCAGAAAGUCGGCGAAAUUGCAAUUGGCGUCUCUUUUAAUAACGACGCGUUCAUUGCAGAAAGUUGGGAUGGAAUCAUUGGCGUCUAUGAUUUGCAUGGAGAACACAUAUCUUCAAUCAGUUCAUCCAUUCCUGUCUCAGAAAGACUUACUUCAUUGGCUUGCGACUUAUAUUCCCCAAUCCUAUCUGCCACAGCAACUGAUGGGACACUCAGACUCUUUGAUAUAAGAACUCCAAAUCACACCCGAAUCGAGUGUAUUAACGCACACUCCGAAUCCUGUUUGUCUGCACAAUUUGCAGAGCAAGGAAAGACUCUAGUGACUUCCGGAUUUGAUAAAGUCGUGAAAGUGUGGGACACUAAAAUGAUGAAGUCACCAAAGGCGACGUAUAAAGUGUACUAUCCCUCUAAAAUUAGUAUGUCCGUCAAUGACAAGUUUUUAGUCCAAUCGGAGGACAAGUCAUUCAUUAUCAUAGACCCGAACGGUCUUCGCCAUGGGAAGUUGAAAAUAGGGACUGACAUCAUCCAACGUGAGCAUUUAAGGCUUCAAGUCUGUUCAUCUUUUAGUAAAGAUGAAAGUGUUUUAUACACUGCUGGUCUUGGUCGUCAUGUUGUAGCAUGGAACCAAUUAAUUACUAUUUGA